AUGGACGCUUCACAAGAGGAAAUUUUCCUCACUUGCGAACAAGCUCGCAAAGAAAGCGAGAAUGUUAUGAAAACAUGUAAGAUUGAAAAUAUGGGGCACGGUUUCAUAUCACAUCUCUGGCAAUCUGUAUCGAAGAUGUCCAGGUCUCUCACGAAAGGAUUUCUCUUGGCCGAAUUGCAAAACAGCAAGCCGGCAUGGUGGACGGACGAUAUAGUGCAGCGUCAGCUAAAGACCAUCCACCUGAUGAGGAAAUAUGAGCGAAGGCUUCGAUACUUGGCUCACGAAAAGGAGAUCUUCCCCCUUCCCCGCGGAGAUAUCUGUGCAACCGAGUCCAUUGAAUUGCAGGAAGCGGUGUUGACCGGGUUAAACCAUACCAUGGUAGCAGCGCGAGUUCUAUUCUUGUUGCAGCAGAGCGGUGAAGAACGAGGCACGUUUCCGAGCGACGGUGGUCUACGGUACGGAGGCCGUGACUUUUGGACUAAUCUAACGAGCAACGGUGAGGUGUUGUUGCCGGAGCGGUACCAAUUUCUUCUCUAUGAGCAUAGACUGGAGCCCCUAUCGCUUGAAUGGCAGGCAUUCGUGGAGCUGGUGGGCUGGCUCACACGCCAGGAGCGUAACCUUGCACAAACGAUCCGCGGAAGUUGUGUUGAAGCCGGCGUGAUUGGUACAGACGAUAGGGUGGGGUUCUUCCAGACAUCUAUAGCCUACGAAAUGAUAGGCCCAGAUUGCAAGGACUGUCUAGUCUGCCAGGAGGGACUGGCCAAGACAGCAGCAGAAGGGGGGAGGUCCCAAUCAAGACACCCUGUGGCCACAUCAUAG